AUGUUCUCCAAGCUUUUCACCAUCACUGUCCUGGCCUCGGCCGCCAGUGCCCACAUGAAAAUGUCCAACCCCGUCCCCUACGGCGGAUCAACUCUUUCUAACGCCCCUCUUUUGGCGGACGGCUCCGACUUCCCCUGCAAACAGCGAGAUGGUGUCUAUGACCUCCAGGGUGCCAGCAACGUGUAUGCUCAGGGCAGCACCCAGAAGCUCUCUUUCGUUGGAAGUGCUGUUCACGGCGGCGGUUCUUGCCAGAUCUCCGUCACCACCGAUGCCCAGCCCGAUAAGAACUCCGUCUGGAAGGUUAUCAAGUCCAUCGAGGGUGGCUGCCCGGCCAAGGACCAGACUGGCAACAUGGGUGACGACGCUAACGCCAUCGACCCGUACACAUAUGACUUCACCAUCCCCAAGGAGCUUGAGACUGGUAACUACACUCUUGCCUGGACUUGGUUCAACAAGAUUGGCAACCGUGAGAUGUACAUGAACUGCGCUCCCUUGUCCGUCACUGGCUCCGGUGGCUCCAAGGAUUUCCUGAACACGCUCCCUGAUAUGUUCGAGGCCAACAUCUUUGGCGGACAGGGCUGCGCAACUGCAGAUUCUUCCGACCUUGUCUUCCCCGACCCUGGAAGUGACGUUGACCAAUUCAAUGGUGCCACUUCAGCAUUCGCUGGUCCUGUCAGUUGUACCAGUCCCACCGUCGCUCCUGGGUCAAAACCUACCAACGGCGGAGGCUCCGGCUCUGGAUCUUCUCCUGUCACCGGCGUUCCUUCUCAGCCCACCAAGGCACCUCAGAGCAUUCCCGGCGGCGUCUUCAUCACCAGCCCUAUCGGUGGUGGACAACCUCCUGCUGCCACUCAGCCUGCCGCCCCUCCUGCCGCUUCUCAGGUUGCCUCCCAGCCCGCCUCCCAGCCCGCCCCCUCCAAGCCCACCUCCGCUCCCCUGGUGAACUUGCCCGUUCAAUCCCAGGCUCCAGUUGCUACCUCUGCUCCCGCUCCCGCUCCCGCCCCUACCUCCGGUUCUGGUUCCGGCUCCGGUUCAGGCUCCAGCCCCAGCGGUGGUUUCGCAGCUGGCACGGCUUGCUCUUCCGAGGGCCAGUGGAACUGCAUUGGAGGAUCCCAGUUCCAGCGUUGCGCCAGCGGAGCUUGGUCUCCCGCUCAGGCUCUCGCUUCUGGCACCCAAUGCCAAGCUGGACAAUCUGACAACCUUAACAUGGUUGCCAAGCGAGGUAGCAGCUCCAUGCGCCGCGCCAUUCGCAUUCGUGCUUAA